AUGAAUUCGACGACGAGGCCAGUGACGCUGUCCCAUGGGGCGAUUGAACACUGUCUUUCGGUUCCUACAAAAUUGUAUUUAACGGUUACCCAGCUUCAGUCAUCAUUUUCGAAGCAUUUAGCGCCGGUGACCGAGAGCUAUGCAACAGAUGAAGAGCCAUCUUCACCCGCGGAGUUGUUAGCAAAGUUUCUUGGGUAUGUAGUGAGUCAGCUUGAUCCGCAAUCUGUUUCUGAUUACGAUGAUGUGUUGGAGAUUGCAUUGGGGGAGUUUGAGUCGAGUUAUAUGUAUGGUGAGGAGGUUCAUACGUUAGCUGCAAGGUUGUUGCUGAGUGAGACACAUCCAACGACAUUGCUGAAGGUCAAGGAAUUGGUGCAACAUUACUUUGAAGCUCGGCACUUUUUCAAAGGAGGGUUCCCCAAAUCACAGUCUGCGCUAUUUAAGAGUGCGGCAGCGAAGGAAGCGCAGCUGGUUGCGAUAUUUGGGGGGCAAGGCAAUACAGACAAUUAUUUUGAAGAAUUGCGCGAAUUGUAUCAGACCUACCGUUACUUGGUUGAAGAUGUUAUUGAAGCAGCAGCCGAUCAGUUGGCCGAGUUGGUCAGAACCACAGAGGGUGCCAGCAAGGUAUAUACACAGGGCUUUGACUUCAGGCAGUGGUUGAACCAUCCAGAGCGUACACCGGUUAACUACUAUAUGCUGUCAAUUCCCAUCUCGUGUCCUUUAAUUGGUGUAAUUCAGUUGGCACAUUAUGCAGUGACAGCCAGAGUUUUGGGUUUUACUCCUGGAGAAUUGAGGUCUCAUAUGGUUGGUGCAACUGGUCACUCUCAGGGCUUUGUUACUGCCGCUGCUAUUGCUGAAGCGGACUCUUGGGCUUCCUUUUUUACAUCUUUAAAGAAGACUAUUUCAUUGUUAUUCUUUAUUGGUGUACGUUGUUACCAAGUAUAUCCUAAUACUUCUUUAUCACCAUCUAUUGCUGAGGAUUCUAUCGAGAAUGGCGAGGGUAAGCCAUCUCCGAUGCUUUCUAUUUCAAAUUUAACCAAAGAAGAAGUACAGGAUUUUAUCGACAAAACUAACGCACAUUUACCUAAGGAAAAACAUAUUGUUAUUUCCUUAGUUAAUGGCGCCAGAAAUUUAGUUGUUUCUGGGCCGCCAAGACCAUUGUAUGGUUUGAACUUGGCUUUAAGGAAAGCCAAGGCUCCAUCCGGAUUGGAUCAAUCCAGGAUUCCACACAGUGAGAGAAAACUAAAGUUUACUAAUAGAUUCCUUCCAAUUGCUUCCCCAUUUCAUUCACAUUUGUUAGAACCUGCUGAAAAGCUAAUUGAACAGGAUUUACUUGACGCGAAGAUAGAAUUUAACCAAGCUGACUUGAAGCUACCAGUUUAUGAUACAUUUAAUGGAGAAGAUUUGAGGACUUUUAAAGGUUCUGUGGCUUGUAGAAUUGCUCACUGUAUUACUAAACUUCCUGUUAACUGGGAGGUAGCCACAAAAUUCUCUGCUACUCAUCUCUUAGAUUUUGGUCCUGGUGGGUCCUCAGGCCUAGGUGUGUUAACACAUCGCAAUAAAGAGGGAUCCGGAGUACGUGUAAUCAUUGCUGGUUCUUUAGACAAUAAUAUUGAUGAGGAUUAUGGUUUCAAACAGGAAAUUUUUGAUCUCAAUCCUAACAACUUGAAAUUUGGUCCAAAUUGGUUGAAAGAGUUCCACCCCAAACUGGUGAAGACCAAAGCCGGUAAGAUUUAUGUUGAAACAAAAUUCUCAAAGUUGCUGGGUAAGGCACCAUUAUUUGUUCCAGGUAUGACACCUACUACAGUUUCGUCAGACUUUGUCGCUUCAGUUCUUAAUGCAGGUUACCAUGUUGAAUUAGCGGGUGGGGGCUAUUUCUCACCUGAUCAUAUGACAAAAGCUAUCGAUGACGUAAUUUCAAAAGUUAAAAAGGGUACCAGUCUUGGUAUUAAUCUGAUCUAUGUUAAUCCAAGAAUGCUGCAAUGGGGUAUCCCCAUGUUGAGGGAUCUAAGAGCAAAAGGUUAUCCAAUCCAAUCGUUGACUAUUGGUGCAGGUGUUCCAUCCUUGGAUGUUGCUACUGAAUAUAUCGAGACUUUGGGCCUUACUCACCUAGGUUUAAAACCAGGUUCAAUUGAUGCCAUAUCUCAAUGUAUCACUAUUGCCAAAGCCCACCCGACAUUCCCAAUUGUGGUUCAGUGGACUGGUGGCAGAGGUGGUGGUCACCAUUCCUUUGAAAACUUUCAUGCACCAAUCUUACAGAUGUAUUGUAAGUUAAGGAAAUGUUCAAAUAUUGUUUUGAUUGCAGGUUCUGGCUUCGGUUCUGCUGAAGAUACUUAUCCUUACUUGACUGGUGAGUGGUCUACAAUGUUUAACUACCCAUGUAUGCCAUUCGAUGGUUUCCUCUUUGGGUCCAGAAUCAUGGCAGCUAAAGAAGCUAAGACUUCUUUAGCUGCAAAGAAAGCAAUUGUUUCAUGUCCUGGUGUUCCAGAUGAACAAUGGGAGCAAACCUACAAGAAACCUGCAGGCGGUAUUAUUACUGUUCGCUCUGAAAUGGGUGAACCAAUUCAUAAGAUUGCAACUCGUGGUGUUUUGUUCUGGAAAGAAAUGGAUGAAACAAUUUUCAACUUGCCAAAGAAUAAGCUACAAGCUGCUUUGGAUUCCAAGAAAGAUUACAUUACUGCGAAAUUGAAUGCUGAUUAUCAGAAACCAUGGUUUGCAACUGUGAACGGUAAAGUGUGUGAUUUAGGCGAUAUGACAUAUGAACAAGUGGCUAGAAGGUUGGUAGAAUUAUUAUAUAUUAAAUCUACUGGUGAAUGGAUCGACCUUACAUUAAGGAAUUUUACAGUUGACUUUUUACGCAGGAUUGAGGAACGCUUCACCAAAGCGAAGACUGCUUCUGUUAUUCAGUCUUACAGCAUGUUGAAAAACCCCGAAACAGUUUUGAAUGCAAUUUUCACUUCCUUCCCGGCUGCUAAGGAUCAACUACUUAAUGCGCAGGAUGUGGCAUACUUUUUAGAAUGUGCCCAAAGACCUACCCAGAAACCAGUUCCAUUUGUUCCAGUUUUGGAUGAAAGGUUUGAAUUCUUUUUCAAGAAGGAUUCUCUAUGGCAAUCUGAAAACCUAGAAGCCGUUGUGGAUGAAGAUGUUAACAGAACUUGUAUCCUUCACGGACCUGUCGCAGCACAGUUUACUAAGGUAGUUAACGAACCCAUUCAAUCUAUAAUGGAUGGCAUUCAUAAUGGCCACAUUUCUAAAUUGUUAGAGGAUUAUUACGAUAAUGAUGAAUCUAAAGUUCCUGUCGUUGAAUAUUUCGGUGGUGAAAACCCAGAGGCUCUGGACUAUGAAUGUACGAAAACGGAAAAAUUCGUUGAAUAUCGCGCUUCUGCAUCUACUGAUCCUGUUACUUGGUUCAAGGUUUUGGGUGGUUCUCACAGAAAUUGGAGAUUUGCAUUUUUCACCGUUCCAAGAGUUGUUCAGAACUCCAUGUAUGAUUCAAACGCAGCUCAUAAAAUCUUUAAGCCUUGUGACAAAAUGGUUGUGCGUAUUUAUAACUCAGAAAACUCUAAGAAGACUGAAAUUGUCUUGUUAGAACCUGUACAAGGAGAAUUGAAGGCUACUGCACGGUUAUCUUUGGCUUCUGAAAAUUUGAUACAAUUAGACCUAAUUGAAAAUAGAACUUUAGAUGGAACUCCCAUUUCACUGCCUAUGUUUUAUGAUUACAACACUGAGGAUGGCUUCGCUCCUAUCUCGGAAGUUAUGGAAGGCCGUAACCAACGAAUCAAACAAUUAUAUUGGAAAUUAUGGCUGGAUGAACCCUUUAACUUGGACUUUGAUCCAAGAGAAGUGCUCGAAACAGGAGAGUUCAGAAUUACUUCUAACGCUAUUGCUGAAUUUACUCAUGCUAUAGGAAACAAUUGUGAGGAUUUCGUGAGCAGACCAGGUAAAGUCUUGCUUGCACCAAUGGAUUUUGCUAUAGUUAUUGGAUGGAGAGUUUUGGUGAAGGCUAUCUUCCCUAACAGCAUUGACGGUGAUCUAUUGAAGUUAGUUCAUUUGUCUAAUUCUUACAGGAUGGUUCCUGGGGCCAAGUCAUUCCAGGAAAAUGACCUUGUUACAUCUUCCGCUGUCAUUCAGUCUGUUAUUAAUCAACCUAAUGGUAAGGUUGUUUCCGUGCUAGGUACCUUGAAGAGAGACGGUAAACCUGUACUUGAGGUGACAUCUUCUUUCUUGUACCGAGGCAAUUACUUCGACUACGAAAAUACUUUUCAAAGAAUAUCAGAACAGGCUUACAUUAUUAAUGUGAACUCUCCGAAAGAUUUUGCUGUCUUAAAAUCUAAGGAGUGGUUCCAUUUGGAUGACGAAGAGCUUGAUUUGUUGGGUAAAACGCUAACCUUUGAAACAGAAACUUACGUGACUUUUAAGAACCAAAAUAUAUUCUCCUCGUUGAAAUGUGAGGGGAGAGUACUUAUGGAACUAUCUACUAGAGAAAAUGUUCCAAUUGGUGUUGUUAACUAUGAAGCUGGCGAGUCCCAUGGCAAUCCUGUUAUUGACUACUUAAUUAGAAAUGGAUCUACUUUAGAACAUAAGGUUAAUCUUGAAAACCCUAUUCCAAUUGCCGAAGUCAAGACUCAAGCACCAGGUACUAACGAGCCAUAUGCAAGAGUUUCCGGCGAUCUUAACCCUAUUCACGUUUCACGUCACUUUUCCAACUAUGCUAACUUACCAGGUACUAUUACCCAUGGUAUGUAUACAUCUGCUUCUGUUCGUGCAUUAGUUGAAACUUGGGCUGCAGAAAAUGUUUCCUCCAGAGUUAUUGCUUUCAGUUCUGAAUUUGUUGGAAUGGUUCUUCCAAAUACUCAGCUGAAAACAAAAAUUGAACAUGUUGGUAUGAUUAAUGGUCGUAAAUUAAUAAAAUUCGAGACUAAGAAUGAUUCGGACGAGAUUGUUUUGAUUGGUGAGGCCGAAGUUCAACAACCGGUCUCAACGUUUGUUUUUACAGGCCAGGGAUCUCAAGAACAAGGUAUGGGCAUGGACCUAUACGAGAAGUCUGCCGUUGCAAGGAAGAUUUGGGAUAGAGCAGAUAAACAUUUUAAGAGCACGUAUGGUUUUUCUAUACUAAACAUUGUGAGAAAUAAUCCAAAGGAAUUGAUUAUCUAUUUUGGCGGUGAGAAAGGUAGAGCUAUUAAGGAAAAUUACACUUCUAUGAUUUUUGAAACUGUUGUUGAUGGUAAAGUUAAAACUGAAAAAAUAUUCAAGUCAAUUACUGAAGAGACUACAUCUUAUAAGUUUGUUUCAGAUUCUGGCUUGUUAUCUGCUACGCAGUUUACUCAGCCUGCACUAACUUUGAUGGAAAAGGCAUCUUUUGAAGACCUGAAAUCCAAGGGGUUGAUACCAGCGGAAGCAACAUUUGCAGGCCACUCACUAGGUGAAUACGCAGCACUUGCUUCCAUGGCUGGAGUUAUGUCUAUCGAAUCUCUUGUUGAAGUAGUCUUUUACAGAGGUAUGACAAUGCAAGUUGCGGUUCCUAGAGAUGAAUUAGGCAGGUCUAACUAUGGAAUGAUAGCCCUAAAUCCUAGUAGGGUAUCUUCUACGUUUACUCAAGAUGCUUUGUCGUUUGUUGUUGAACGUGUUGGUAAGUUUACUGGAUGGUUGGUCGAAAUUGUUAACUAUAAUGUUGAAAAUCAACAAUACGUUGCUGCUGGUGACUUAAGAGCUUUGGAUACCUUGGGCAACGUGCUCAACUUCCUCAAGCUUCAAAAUAUUGACAUUGUUCAGUUGCAAAAAUCCAUGAGUUUGGAGGAGGUUGAGUCACAGUUAAAUGAGAUCGUUGGUGAAGUCAGCAAAAAGUCAUCGGCUAAGCAGCAACCAAUCGAGCUGGAAAGAGGCUUCGCUUCUAUUCCAUUGCGUGGUAUUUCAGUUCCUUUCCACUCUUCUUACUUGAGAAGCGGUGUAAAACCAUUCAAAAAUUUCUUAAUUAAAAACGUUAUCAAGGAGAACGUUAAAGUUGAUAGGUUAGUCGGCAAGUACAUCCCUAAUUUAACGGCUAAGCCUUUUGAGCUCACAAAGGAAUACUUUGAGGAUGUCUACAAUUUGACUGGUUCCGAGAAGAUCAAGGAUAUAUUGGACAACUGGGACAGUUACCAAAGUUAA